CGUCAUUUGCCGUACAGCUAUUCAUAGGGUAACUACAAAAUGUCGAAACGACACAGAAUCGACGUUGGCGACUCUUUGCCAAAACGCACACGGGAAGAAAUGGAUAAGAACAUUUCCAAAGAUGAUAAACCAUCAAAAAGUAUAUUUGAGGAGUUCAAUAUUCAAAAACCAACAAUUAAGAUGAAUCCAUUUACAGGGAUGCCAUAUACACCCAGAUACUUUGAACUAUUCAACAAAAGAACUCUUCUGCCUGUAUGGGAAUACAAAGAUAAAUUUCAUGAUGUGCUAGAAAAACAUCAGUGUUUGGUAUUGGUAGGAGAAACAGGUUCUGGUAAAACAACUCAGAUUCCCCAAUGGUGCUUGGAAUGGGUCAGAGCAAGAUUUAAUAAAAAGGGUGUAGCUUGUACCCAGCCUAGGAGAGUAGCAGCUAUGUCUGUAGCACAGCGUGUGUCAGAGGAAAUGGAUGUGUGCCUGGGGUCAGAGGUUGGAUACAGUAUACGAUUUGAAGACUGCACAUCAUCGAGAACUUUAUUAAAAUAUAUGACAGAUGGUAUGUUGUUAAGAGAAGCUAUGUCUGACCCUUUACUUGAGAAUUAUGGGAUAGUUAUGCUUGAUGAGGCUCAUGAACGUACACUGGCUACAGAUAUAUUGAUGGGCUUGUUGAAGGAAGUCAGUAAACAAAGAAAAGACUUGAAGAUCAUCAUUAUGAGUGCUACAUUGGAUGCUGGAAAAUUUCAGCAUUACUUUGACAAUGCUCCAUUGAUGACAGUACCUGGCAGAACACAUCCUGUGGAGAUCUUCUACACACCAGAACCAGAAAGAGAUUACUUAGAAGCUGCCAUCAGAACUGUUAUACAGAUACAUAUGUGUGAAGAGAUGGCUGGAGAUUGUCUGCUCUUUUUGACAGGACAAGAGGAAAUAGAUGAAGCCUGCAAGAGAAUACAGAGAGAAGUAGAUAACCUAGGACCAGAAGUUGGAGACAUGAAAUGUAUUCCUUUAUAUUCAACUCUACCACCAAAUCUACAACAGAGAAUCUUCGAGCCAGCACCUCCUAACAAGCCUAAUGGAGCCAUUGGACGAAAAAUAGUUGUGUCAACAAAUAUUGCAGAAACAUCACUGACUAUAGAUGGUGUUGUUUUUGUCAUAGAUCCAGGAUUUGCUAAACAGAAAGUAUAUAAUCCACGCAUCAGAGUAGAGUCAUUACUUGUAACUGCCAUUAGCAAAGCCAGUGCCCAGCAGAGAGCUGGUAGAGCAGGACGUACAAAACCGGGAAAAUGUUUUCGUCUUUAUACAGAGAAGGCCUAUAAACAGGAAAUGCAAGACAAUACAUACCCAGAAAUCUUACGAUCAAAUCUUGGAUCGGUUGUCUUGCAGCUGAAAAAACUUGGAAUUGAUGAUUUAGUCCAUUUUGAUUUCAUGGAUCCUCCAGCCCCAGAAACUUUAAUGAGAGCUUUAGAAUUGUUAAAUUACCUAGCAGCUUUAGAUGAUGAUGGAGAACUGACAGAACUUGGGUCAAUGAUGGCAGAAUUUCCACUUGACCCACAGUUAGCUAAAAUGGUCAUAGCAAGUUGUGAUUUUGGAUGUUCCAAUGAAAUCCUCUCCAUUACAGCAAUGUUGUCAGUCCCACAGUGCUUUGUGAGACCCACUGAAGCUAAGAAAGCAGCUGAUGAAGCCAAGAUGAGAUUUGCACACAUAGAUGGAGACCACCUGACAUUGCUGAAUGUGUACCAUGCCUUUAAGCAGAGUCAAGAAGAUCCACAGUGGUGUUAUGACAAUUUUGUAAACUACAGAUCAUUGAAGAGUGCAGAUAAUGUGAGACAACAGUUGGCCAGAAUUAUGGACAGGUUUAAUUUGAGACGAACAAGUACAGACUUUUCCAGCCGGGAUUACUACAUCAACAUCAGAAAGGCUUUGGUGUCUGGAUUUUUCAUGCAGGUUGCACAUUUAGAAAGGACAGGACAUUAUCUUACGGUAAAAGACAACCAAGUUGUCCAGCUUCAUCCUUCAACAUGUCUCGAUCACAAACCAGAAUGGGUGCUUUACAAUGAAUUCGUAUUGACUACAAAGAAUUAUAUACGUACAGUAUCGGACGUGAAACCUGAAUGGUUAGUGGCAAUAGCACCUCAGUAUUAUGACAUGGACAAUUUCCCUCAAUGUGAAGCUAAGAGACAACUAGAAAGAAUUAUAGCAAAGUUUGAAUCUAAAAAGUUUCAGCAGGAUGGAGCUGCAUCAUAUUGAUG